AUGACUUCAUCAUCACAUGGCGUGCCUCUGGCUUCCACUUCCCUUCUCGGUCUCCGGCCAACUUUGGAUGUGCCUGAGCAGGAUGCGACCAUGACCAAAGACAGAAGUUUCAGUCGAAAAUAUCAGAAAGUCACUAGGGAGACUACUGGAGAAGACACCACGCUCGCCGAUGUAGUCCACUCACUUGCGCGUCGGGGCAGCGAUGACCUCACGGCCUCUCGGGUACGUGAUACCGACUAUGCUAGCCUGUUGGAGUGGAUUAGGUGUGAGAGGAUGAGGAAGCUGCCGCCCGAAGGGAGUGGCUAUGACAAGGCUCUUGUGUGGGCGGCCUUGUUCAUCGAGCGUGUACAUUCCUUUGAUCUAGGAAUUGAGCAAUUUGCAGGAGACAGCCACCUCGCUGCCCAAUUAUCCUAUGGUUACUGUAUGAGCCUGCUGGAGCUGGGAGAGGAAAAUGCCCAUGCCCUUAUGGACCUAUUUGGAUUUUUUUACUGCUGCUCUGAUGGUCUUGGCAACCUGCUCGAUCGUGCAGAGCUCUUUGUAGCUUCUUCAGAUAUCAAGGACCAACUCAUUCUUGCGUUGGCCGACCUUGUCACUCUCGUUGUCAGUGUGGCCCGGCACUUCCAUCGGUCGCUACUUGCCUCAGAACAAGUAUCGAUCGAUAUCUACAGCACAUUUCCCGGACCGAUUGACAGUUUCCGAGGUCGUUGUGAGCACAUUUCAGAAUUGAUGUGGCGUCAUCAAUUGAUGCGAGAGGGGUUUGAUGGCGAUAAAGCCAUCGGAAUCGAUGUUUUGAAAAGAUGGUUGCAGCCCGAAGACCCGGUGGUUGCCGAUGCUGGUGAAGCCCCGGUUCCCUCAGCCCAAGAGCGCGAGGAGGCUACUUGCAUGUGGGUGAAGCCGUAUCUGACGCGCUUCUUGAAAGGUGACGAGCAGGUGCUCUCUGUCACCGGCAAGCCGGGCUCUGGUAAGACAGUUUUGUCGACUGUGAUCGACGAUUAUCUACAACAUCCCGUCGGAGGGACAAGAUAUAUGCCCAUAUCCGCAUCCAUCAAUGGUCGGAUUCCCGCCAACACCACCCCGAGCGCUGUCGCCAAGACUAUUAUGUCGCAAAUGUUUAGCAAAUGCAUUGGCAACUUGCAUCUGUACCAAAUCUUGGUCGAAGCUUACAACCAGAGCAAACAGACUGUAGACGAAGAGGCAUAUGACGGUCUCCUAUGGAAUGCUCUGGAAAGUGUUCUCCAGAUCAGGACGUCAGGCGACAGAGAGCUAGUCCUAGUCGUCGACGGCGUAGAUGAGGCUAGCUGUGGGGAGAAAGCUCUCUUGCACAGACUCCGGGAGGUGGCAUCCAAGGCCCCUAGUGUGAAAAUGAUCAUACUUGGAUCUCAGGCAAUAGACUCGGCUAUCUCCCAGACGGUGGUGCGCGUAACGCUGGGUCUCAUCUUUGAUGACAUCGCUGCCGUCGUCCGCAAAGUUCUUGACCAAAGCCAUAUGUACAACAAGAUGUCUAACGAGGACAAAGAGGUGGUCGUGAAUCGGAUCACGGAAGCAUCCGAUGGCUCCUUCGUUUGGGCAAAGCUGGUGGCCAAACGUGUGCGCGAUGAGCACUUGACGAAUGAGGCCGCGCUUUCCAAGUCUGUGGAGAGUAUUACCCAGGCAGGAUACAAGAUCUCCGACCUUAUAUCCCAUACCUUGCAGUCUAAGCUAGGUGAGGAUACGAAGAAGAUUCUGGUUUGGCUGGCCACCGCAAAUCGCCCUCUCACGCAGCAGGAACUGGCUGCUCUUCUCACUAUUCAGCUCGAAAAGGCCGUGGUCACCGAGAAGAGCAAUGUUGACCUCCCUCACCUCUUGAAGCCGGUCGCUUCGCUUGUUUUCUUCCACAACGACUUUGUCUACCUUAGGCACGCACAGAUGCGCACCGCUAUCAUCGAUACCUUUUCGAAGGGCAAAUUCCUGCUCGAGGUCAAGGACAGGCAUGUGGAUCUCACACAGAGACUCCUGCUGUACGUGAAAUAUACCGCGACCGACAACCAUGAACCCUCCUUAGAUCUCCUGAAUGGGCGGGCGACGGAACACUUGUUCGAGAAACAUCCUCUGUUGGACUUUGCGCUUCGUUACUGGGCAGGCUAUGCUAAGAUUGCGUUUGGGUGCACCAGCAAUCAAGAGCUCACCAUUGCAAGUAAGGGUUUGCGAUCUGUAUUCCCUACAAGUUCCUCUGUGCCACUCCUGGAGAUGACUGUGUGGGCAAGCAAGGCGACUCCGCUGCUUCGGUCCAUUCAUGGAAUUCAGACCACCCUGUACCGCCAAAUAUUGGGCAUUAAUCACUCGGCCACUUUGCAGGCCAUUAUCUGUCAAGCACUAUUUCACCGACAGAUCUGCGAUAGUGUGCCCGCCGAGAGCAGUCGGAUCCUCUACGAGGCAGCAAAAUUCAGCGAGAAGAUGCUAUCUAUCCGCCAUCUCAUCACUAUGAAGAUGACCCAGUUCUUCCUGGAGGCCACGGUUGAUCAUGUCACUGAGUCCAAGACGGAUGUCAUGACCCGGCGCAUCGAAAUUCUCCAACUACUGGUGGAAUGCCAGAAGAUCCACUACGGAGCGACAAGCGAUAUAGUCAAAGCGACAUUGACGCAAUUGUCUGAACAUUACACACUAAUCAAGGAGAACCGUAAAGCGCAGGAUAUCAAUGUCUCUCUAGAGGAGUCCUUGGUCGAUAGUACUGCCCAGCGGAGGGGAUCUCGACGGAUAGACGAGUCAUUACUGGUUCACCUCCACGGCCGGAAGCCCACCACUGAGACAAGCACUAUUCUGGAAUUGAAUGGAAUAGAAGAGGACGAGUUGAUCACAUCAUCCUUUGAUCUGAAGACUCUCCUGAGCAAAGCCGAGCAGCAAAGAGCAGAGGGUCACUUGGCGGACGCCGAAUGCACAUAUGUCGAGCUAUGGCAGCAAGCAAGCAAGACAUAUCGGCUCAACCAUUCCACUGAGAAAAAAGUCUCAAUGCUGCGGACCGCCCUCGAGUAUGCUCGAUACCUUAAAAGCCGUGGAAGAGAUGAUGAAGCAGCCUCUAUCCUUGCCGGGGUUUGGGGAGAGUACGAGAAAGAGACCCCCAGCGCCGAGCCAUUGGUGCCUCACUUGCUUGAAAUUGCUCAGGUCAUGAAGUCUCUGGGAUUGUCUGUAUUAGCCCUCGAAGUCUUCAAACACUGCGCACAAAGUACUAGCCGCCAGAGUGCCACCCACAAGGAGGUGGAAAAGCACAUAAAGUCCACCUCCCGCGAAGUGAUGCGCUCAUCAUCUACAAGCUCCAUGCUGACGGAGUCAACACUCAAAGAGAUAGUUUAUAGUAGAGCACAGGAUUCCACCACAGCGACCACAGCGCUGGUCGAAAUGUACCUCUCUCAACAUCGGUGGCAUGACGCUACAAGCGUGUUGAAACGAGUGCUGCGAGAUAUGUGGCCAGAGAUGUUUGCGCCCUCGAUUGAAAAGGUUGUACUGCCAUCAGUCCAUGUUCAGUACUGCGUUGAGCUCGCAGAGCGCCUUGCAAGCUGCUAUCGCUACCGCUGUCGCCCGUCCAAGGAAGAGGAUAUCCGGGCCCGAAUCUAUACUGCAGUUUGGCGCGAUCGGCCAGCGUGCGGUGAUCAAAUUUCGGAGCGAGUCACGGUGGAUCUUCUUCGUCUGUACGAGCGUACAUCACAGCCCGACAAGGCCAUCAAGAUCCACCAGGAUAUAUUGCAUGAUUAUACCAUGCGACUCGGGGAGGAUCAUCCCACUGUUUUACAAAAGCUCUGGACUCUGGCAGACCUGACAAGCCCGCAACCCAUCGCAGUGGAUUACUAUUGCCGGAUCAUCCAGCUUCUGAACAAGGGCUCGGAAACCUGUCACCCGGCUGCCUUUGAGCCACUUAUCAUUGUAGCGACGGAGCUCUUGAAGCAAAAUCGAUACAAGGAUGCACUGAAGCCCUGCCAGAUGUUAUUCGACACCCUGAAGACCCCCCAGAUUAGUCAGAAAUUGUCUGAUCCUGGAUUUGUCCAAACCGCCUACAAACACUAUGUUCAUUGUCUGCGCGAGACUCACAGUGACAUCGCUACCAUUCAUGAUGUGACGGUGCAAUAUCGCAAAUCAUGCAUUAGCCUCUUCGGCGCAAGCGCGUCGAUCACCGUACAGGCAACCAACACACUGGCCAACAUUUGCCAAGAGUCCAAGCAAUUCGAAGCGGAAGCGGUUCAGCUCUACGAAGAGCUAUUACAGAUCAAAUCCAGUGAAGUUGAAAUCGACCGUCAAGACAUCCGCGCCACCUUGGAUACUAUCUAUGAGCAGCAGAGUGCCUCAUUGACUGCUUCAAAAGUGGAUAGCAUGUCGGCAACUGAGCUACAAAAGGUUUUGUCCAUUCGUAGCCAACGGCUGACGUCCAUCCGGUCUAGAUACGGAUGGGCCCACGAGGAAGCCCUAUCGCAGAUGGAAGAGAUCGUCUCAGUCUAUACCCAGCAAGGAAAGUCACAGGCAGCUGUUUCUUUGCUACAUGAAGCGACAACUCACAUCCUAUCGACCGAGACAUCCUCUAUCAAGCUGACUGCGGCGGCCAAGAGUAUCGCGUCUGGGUACAUCGCAGCUGGUCAAAUUCAAAAGGCCAAGGAGCUCGCAAACGAGAUUUAUCUUCAUGUUAUCAUCAAGGAAACCAUGAAUACCAGCGCCUUUAGCUUUGAUCAGAGCUCGAAAUGGCGUUCAAGCCUCGCUUUCCUGUCUCAGCUCGAAUACAGCAUCCGGGAAUCCGAAGACAACUCUACUACGUUGAACGAAGUCUACGCCUCCCUCACUACGGAGUACAUAUACUUUGAACAAUUCCGUGAAGCUCUCGGUUCAAAAGCUAGCAAAUUCCAGGAUACGACAGCAAUGGUCGCUCGCCUGCACACGUUCUUACUUAGCCGCGGUCGUCAUUCGGCCGCUAUGCAGGUGGCGAACCGGUAUACCAACUUCUUCAUGGCGAAUGAGGGCACCCGCUUGGAUAUCGACAAUAACCAGGCGAAGAUAUUCAUCGAUACGGUGCUAAAAUAUUUCAGCACCCAUGUUUCGCGAGACUUUGUUCGCUCAGUGGCUAUCGCUAGUUACAGCCGCGCAAGCCAGUUGCUUCAAUCCGAAGAUUACCAGUCUGCCUGUCAACUCGCAUUGGCAGCAGCGAAAUACAUUAGUGCCAACCAUGGCUACUCGUCCCAGGCGGCACUCAAGCUAGUCUUCAAGUUGGGCCUUUCCAUUGCCGGCCGAGAGAAUGACGUACGUCCAACAGUAUCGGCCAAGAAGUACAUGGCGAAUGUGUCGGCGACUAUUCUGCGUGAUACCUUAGGAUAUUUCAAAGAGCACAAUGUUGACCUCGCCCAACUGGAUAUGGAAAAUGUCAAUAGCUUGAUCAAGGUUCUUGAUAAGCAACAUGACUACCACACCUUGGCGUGGGUUCUCACCUCCCUCUGGAAUAACCGGGAGGCCCACGCUUCGUCACAGCCGGAACAUGCAUAUACGCUUGCGCUCGGGCGUAUGCUGGUCAUUACCCGCUAUCUCAUCAACGAUUACACUGCAGCCGUCCGACUCGCGGAGGAUCUUGUCUACAACUGUGCUCGGGUCCAUGGACCCCGCCACCCAAGUACCGUCGAGAUGACAGUUCUCCUAUCACAGAUGUACACCAGCAUGGCUCAAGGUUAUCAAAGCCAGAAGGGUCGGCGCGAGCUGGCCUACAGGUACUAUCGGAAAGCAGCCGCUUUGCACGAGAAUGCAUUGCGUGUAUUCACUGGUCCGUCCGCGGACGACGUGGACAUGGAGGUUAUCUCAGGCAUUUCAUCCCCUUCGUCCGCCUCCAGCCCAGGCGAAAAGGCAGAAGAAGGGAAGAAUGUCCGACAGCAUUUGCAUAUGCUCAAACUUGCCGUUGAGCGCCUUGGAGAGUGGCCCAAGGACUAUUCGGAGUAUGAGCAGCUUAAUAAGGAUCUCUUCGCCGCAUUCGCGAACGACCUGGAGGGAGUUGAUGGUGUUGACAAAUGGAAUGUGCAGUCAUUUGGGGCCGGCAAGGCCGAGGCCAAUGAUGACCUUCUCUCCUUUAGUCACGAGCACCUAGCAAUUCCUGUUUGA